AUGGGCGGGGGACCUGACCAAGGCUACCGAUCGGUCGCCUACUUUGUCAACUGGGCCAUCUAUGCUCGCAAGCACCGUCCCCAAGACCUCCCCCUCGAGAACCUCACCCACGUUCUCUAUGCCUUUGCCAACGUCCGCACCGACAGCGGUGAGGUCCACUUGACCGACGGAUGGGCCGACACCGACAUCCAUUGGGAGGGCGACUCGUGGAACGACACGGGCACCAACCUGUACGGGUGCCUCAAGCAGCUCAACCUGCUCAAGCGGCGCAACCGCAACCUCAAGGUGCUCCUCUCCAUUGGCGGCUGGACCUACAGCUCCAACUUCAAGAACCCCGCCAGCACCGCCCAGGGCCGCGCCACCUUCGCCAGGACCAGCCUCGAGCUGCUCAAGAACCUCGGCUUCGACGGCCUCGACAUCGACUGGGAGUACCCGCAAAACGCCGACGAGGCGCGCAACUUUGUCGAGCUGCUCGCCGCCGUCCGCGGGGAGCUCGACGCCUACGCGGGACAGCUGGGCGGCGACACCCGCUUCGAGCUCACCGUCGCCUGUCCCGCGGGCCCGCAAAACUACGAGCGGCUCGACGUGCCCGGCAUGGACCAGCACCUCGACUUUUGGAACCUCAUGGCCUACGACUACGCCGGCUCGUGGGACCAGGUCAGCGGCCACCAGGCGAACCUGUACCCCAACCCAAGCAACCCCAGCAGCACGCCGUUCUCGACCGCCGCCGCCGUCGACUUUUACACCGGCCGCGGCGUCGCUGCCAACAAGAUUGUCCUCGGCAUGCCGCUGUACGGGCGCGCGUUUGAAAACACCGACGGCCCGGGCAAGCCGUACCAGGGCGUCGGCGACGGCACCUGGGAGCGCGGCGUGUACGACUACAAGAAGCUGCCGCUCGAGGGCGCGCAGGACUCGUACGACGACGCGGCCGCGGCGAGCUACUGCUACAACGCGCAGAGCCGGACGCUCGUCAGCUACGACACGCCGCAGAUGACGAGGGUCAAGGCCGACUUUGUCAAGGACAAGGGGCUCGGCGGGGCCAUGUGGUGGGAGAGCAGCGCGGACAAGGCGGCGGGGGACAGCCUCAUCGGCACGGCGGUGCAGUGCCUGGGGGGGCCGGACGGGCUGCUCCAGCAGGACAACUGCCUCACGUAUCCGGACACCAAGUACGACAACCUGCGGGCCGGGUUCCCUAACAACUGA